AUGGAUACAGUACCGAACGAAAUUCUGCUCAACAUUUUCCUCUUUUGUGAACUCGAAGCAGCGGUUCCGCUUAGUCAGACAUGUUCGCGAGCCGCCAUGAUGUGGACUGAUCUCGACGCCACCGUGAUUCGUUGCCGAGUUCUAGAACGGGUCCCCUGGAUCACUCUCAACGAGUCUGGAACCGGUCUUAGCUCAUGGCAAAAGUGCGCUCUAGCAAUCGUGGCUCGGACUGAAGCGUCCCAGAACAAACUGAGAGGAUGGAGUUAUGUCUAUCAAGAGAAUGCCAGACGACAGAUCACCCGAGGAUCCCGUGACAGCAGAUGGAGCCCACCUGUGGCUGCAGAAGAGGUGAAAAAGCAACCAGGGGUGAUUCAUCCAAUGAGAGGGCCAAAUCCAGAAGAAAUCAAGGUCCGGCAUCCAGACGCCUUUUACUCGCCAGUGGUUCUGGAUGAGAACGACGUCUUUCUGCACAUUUCAGAUUUGAACGACAAAUCGCACCACAACCUGAUCAACAAGGGUCUUUGUUCCAGGGAUGAAGAUGGCACUUGGGUGGUCACCAACGAGCAUUAUCUGCAUGAGAACGUCAAAGUCACCCUGCUACCAAACAAUACUGGGGCUUUCUUGAUGGUCUACUACGUUAAACGUCAAGCAGAUGACCCGAUUGAAACAAAUUUCAGCUCCCAAUUCUACCAUCUGACCCCAGAGAGUGUUCCGCCAUCCUCCCUGGAUCCCCAAGAGUGGCUCAGCUCUGCUAAACCUAUUGGUCCGCCUAUCUCGCUGAAAUACCCAGAGCUCAAUCUCAGGAGAGUAGUAUGCAGCUACAAUCAGGUCUACAAUGGUUUCCUCUACGCAAUGGUCCGUGUAGGCGAAUGGGUUCGGUUCUGGAUCGACCUGGGCAUUGUAAACAUAGACGGCACUCGUGAUUUGGCUGUGAAUGCCAAUUUUCCAAUUCUGGAAUGUUCAUUUAUUGAUCUCACAAACAGAGACCAUCGACGGGGAUAUGUUGAAGAUGGACUGGACAAUUAUUUCGUUCUUUCUGGCGAGAUUAGCACAUGGAUUUCAGACCUUCGAACUGGAACCUCCUAUCAUGCCCAGACGCCUGAGCAACGACUAGAGCAGCAAACACAUGGUAUAAGCCCGUUCUUUUAUCAGCAUGACAAAGGAAGACCCCAUUUUCACACGUGGCGCCUCUGA